UGGCGGUCCGUCUCUGAUAGCAUAAUUUCCGCCAUCUGGGGAUAUCCCAAAGACCCGACGCAGACGGCCGGGAAGGACUUCGCGCGAUCGAAAGGAGACGAUGUGGCCUCGAAAUUCCUCGCGCGCUACGGACAGGACAUGGUCCUGCGGUUUAAUGUCACCACCGCAGAGGAGGCUGUCGCGCUCGCGGAAGCUUCGAAUGUCCUUUUUCUGGACGUCUGGGCAUUUACGGAGGAUUGGGUAGAUAUUCGAAUAGCAAAGGAUGUUGUUCCUUCACUCCUUGGACUUCUCCCCAAGUCAUUACAACAUGCACAUAGCCCUCUCAUGUUCGACCUUGGUCUGGCCCGCGCCAUCUCCAAUUCCUACCCAUUCCCUUCCGCCCGCGACCCGACCCCCCCUCAACAUGACACCCACCCCUCCACCAACACAUUCCGCCUCUCCCUCGAACAGCGGGGCCCGCAAGAAUCGAACAUCUUCUUCAGCGACUACCAGCCACUGUCGGUCAUCCAUCCCUGGAUGAGGCUCCUUGCAUCAUUGUUUCCUACGCACGUCCGGCUUGUCAGCAUCGGCACAUCAUAUGAAGGCCGGGACAUCCUGGCGAUGCGUGUGGGGGUUCAUCCAACGAAUAACGAGAAGGCCGCGGGUCCCAGGAAGACAAUAAUUAUCUCCGGCGGUACACACGCGCGAGAGUGGAUCGGCACGAGCACGGUCAACUACCUUGCGUACUCCCUCGUGACGUCGUACGGCAAAUCAAGCGUGUGGAAUUCACUGCUGGAGGCCUUCGAUUGGGUGUUUAUUCCAACGUUGAACCCUGAUGGAUAUGUCUAUACCUGGGAGAACGAUCGACUGUGGCGGAAGAACCGUCAGCCAACCUCACUACGGUUUUGUAAAGGCAUCGACCUUGACAGGAGCUGGUCCUUCCAAUGGGGCGGCGAUGCACCACAGAUGAAUCCAUGCUCGGAGAGUUAUGGAGGCGAAGAGCCCUUCGACGCCGUUGAAGCUCAAGCGUUUCGCGACUGGGCCAAGAACGAGACGGAGAACAGCGGCGUGGAGUUUGUGGGCAUCAUCGACCUGCACUCAUACUCCCAGGAAGUUCUUUACCCCUAUUCAUACACCUGCGCAACCCCUCCGCCGACCCUGGAGAACCUCCAAGAGCUAGCGCUGGGCCUCGCCAAGGCAAUAAGAUUGGCCAAGGACGGGCAGGCUUACACUGUCCGAGCAGCUUGUGAAGGGAAUGUCAAUGCGGGUGGGAUACUUCCGCGGAUUGAGUCGGGCGGAGGCAGCGCGUUGGAUUGGUUUUACCAUGAGCUUGGCGUCCGGUACGCGUACCAGAUCCGGCUUCGGGAUACGGGGAGUUAUGGGUUUUUGCUUCCGAAGGAGAACAUUGUGCCGACGGGCCGGGAAAUGCUCGAUGCGAUGGAAUUCUUUGGUCGGUACAUGCUUAGGAUAGCAGGAGUGGCCUCCGAUACGGAUUCGACAUUCAGAGAGACGUCCCCUUCG